AUGCCACUCUAUUCGCUCAGUUGUCUUGCCCUUCAUUAUUCUACGUACACUCCCCUCAGGUCUCUGGUUCACACUGCAGUUACCUUGGUUGAAUCAAAUGGCGGCCUCGUUCGCCAGAUUGAUUACUUGGGUCGAAGAAACACCCCUCAACGUAUCCGAGCACCCGGUCUCGUACCAGGAGGUGUUGGAGAAGCCGAUUACUGGACGAUGCAAUUUGAUGCCAACCCACCCACCGUCAGAGAACUAACAAACCGGUUGAGAGUUGAUCCGCGAGUCCUCAGGCACACUACUUUGUUGGUCGGCAGUAAGUUGAGAGAGGUUGUAGCACCUCAGUGGAACACCACUCUUCGACCUUCACUGCGACUACCGAAUGACGAUGAAAAAGUGGACACACACCAGCGGGCUCUUGACCACGAUCAUGCUACCAGCCAAUAG